CCUCCACCACAAACCCUCAGAAAACCGCAAACCUUAGCUCAAGUUUAGAGAAUAGAGAGGGAGUGGAAUUCACAAUGCUCGUCCUACACAGAAUGGCUUCGUCAUCUCACUUCCUCUUCACUUCCUCUCUUCGUGUCUCAAACCCUACCUCUUCUUUGCCUCUCCACUUUCCCCUCAAAAGCUUCGUCUCCAUCUCCAGACCAAACACACAGAGAGAAACCACUAUUUUCUCUCUCUACAAGAAGAGAAAUGUACUAUCAACAUCGGCUUCUGCUGUGGCCACCGAUUCGACCGAUGCAGCUAUCCUUACCGAAGACAAGACCUCCGAUGAGGUGUCCAAGGACAAAAUCGUUCUUCCCACUAACGAUUCGUCUGAGAGACUUCUGCGAAUACGCCACUCGUGUGCUCAUGUGAUGGCUAUGGCUGUUCAAAAGCUCUUUCCAGAUGCAAAAGUUACCAUUGGGCCGUGGAUAGACAAUGGGUUCUAUUAUGACUUUGACAUGGAGCCUUUGACUGACAAAGACCUGAAGAUAAUUAAGAAGGAGAUGGAUCGCAUUAUUGGCCGAAAUUUACCUCUAAUUAGAGAAGAAGUUACCAGAGAUGAAGCUCAAAGGCGAAUAAGGGCUAUCAAUGAACCUUACAAAAUGGAAAUAUUGGAAAGUAUCAAGGAAGAUCCUAUAACAAUCUAUCAUAUUGGUAAUGAAUGGUGGGAUCUUUGUGCUGGCCCUCAUGUUGAAUCCACUGGAAAUAUUAAUAGAAAAGCUGUUGAACUCGAAUCUGUUGCUGGUGCUUAUUGGAGAGGAGACACGAAUAAACCAAUGCUCCAAAGGAUAUAUGGUACAGCAUGGGAGAAUGCAGAACAAUUGAAAGCUUUCCUUCAUUUUAAGGAGGAGGCUAAACGCCGUGAUCACCGGCGCCUUGGCCAAGAUCUUGAUCUGUUUUCAAUACAGGAUGAAGCUGGCGGUGGAUUAGUGUUCUGGCAUCCAAAGGGUGCUAUUAUAAGGCACAUAAUAGAGUCAGCCUGGAAAAAAAUUCACAUGGAACAAGGAUAUGAUCUGCUGUACACUCCACAUGUUGCAAGGGCAGAUCUUUGGAAGAUCAGUGGUCAUCUAGACUUUUAUAGGGAAAAUAUGUAUGAUCAGAUGAAGAUUGAAGAAGAACUUUAUCAGCUUCGACCGAUGAAUUGCCCUUACCAUAUUCUGGUCUACAAAAGGAAGAUGCACUCUUAUCGGGAUUUCCCAAUUAGGGUUGCAGAGCUGGGGACAGUGUAUAGAUACGAGUUAUCUGGAAGCUUACAUGGCCUCUUCCGCGUACGAGGUUUUACGCAGGAUGAUGCUCACAUUUUUUGUUUAGAAGAUCAAAUCAAGGAUGAAAUCAAGGGUGUUCUAGAUCUCACGGAGGAAAUACUACUGCAGUUUGGUUUUAGCAAGUAUGAAGUGAACCUUUCAACAAGGCCAGAGAAAGCUGUGGGAGGUGAUGAUAUAUGGGAAAAAGCUACAUCUGCCCUUAAAGAUGCUUUGGAGGAUAAGGGGUGGUGCUAUCAAAUUGAUGAAGGCGGUGGUGCCUUUUAUGGUCCAAAGAUUGAUCUCAAGAUUGAGGAUGCUCUUGGAAGGAAGUGGCAAUGCUCAACAAUACAGGUUGAUUUUAAUUUACCACAACGUUUUGACAUUACAUACGUUGAUGCAAAUUCGGAGAGGCAGCGCCCUAUAAUGAUCCAUAGAGCAGUUCUUGGAUCUCUGGAGCGGUUCUUCGGUGUCCUUAUAGAGCACUACGCUGGAGAUUUUCCAUUAUGGCUUUCACCAAUCCAAGCUCGAGUUUUACCAGUCACAGACACACAGCUCGAAUACUGCAAAGAGGUUACCAGCAAGUUGAAAGCUAGUGGUAUCCGGGCCGAAGUUUGCAGUGGCGAACGUUUGCCAAAGCUCAUUAGAAAUGCUGAGAAGCAGAAAAUCCCAUUGAUGGCUGUUGUGGGGCCUAAAGAGGUUGAAACACAAACUGUUACAGUUAGAUCUAGGUUUGGUGGGGAGCUAGGGACCAUGUCAAUUGAUGAUAUUAUUAGCAGAAUGAAGCACGCUGUUGAAAACAGAACAUUAAUUUGAAAUGCUUGUAAUAGGUAGUUGUUGGCGUUCCUGUGAACCAAUUUCUUGUAUAACUUGAAGAUCAAAUAGGAAAAAAGACGGCAAUAAUAAGAGAUUAUUAUUAUUUUUUUUCUA